AUUAUAUAUAUAUAUAUAUAUAUAUAUAUAUAUAUAUAUAUAUAUAUAUAUAUAUAUAUAUGAGAUGGGGUUAGGGUUAGAGAGAAGGGAGAGAUUCUCCGGUCAACGGCGGUCACAUUUCUUCUACGGCGAAGCACAAUCUGGACGCGAUAUUUACAGUGCUGAGCUCCAAGGAAGAUGGCGUGGACCUGGAAGGGAGUACAGAUACCAAAAAUUGGGUUGGAGAGGCGACAAGAAAGAGAUCAGCUCUUUUGGAUGGAGAUCAAGAACUGGGAUAUCAUAUCCCCGACCUAAAUCCAGGCGAUACCUUGGCCCUUUUGUCAAAGGUUCGACCAUCUUAAUCUCUAUAGAGAGCAAGACAUUCGAGUUCAAGGCUUCAGAUACUAACAUCUCUAUCUCCGAACUCAAGAAUGGUAAUAUUCGAUCUCUCUCUGUCUCCCAUUCUACUGCUAUUUUGCUUAUAGAGUCUUUAAGCCACCCACCUCUUGCUAGGAUGGGGUGGCUUAUCUCAAGGUAUGAAGGAGCCCUCACCACUAAAUCCCACUGGGAUUCAAACAAUUAUGGUGAAUUUGUUAUGCUCAGUGGGGGACUUGAGAUGGACAUGUCUAGAAUUUGCAUCCCAGUAGGUACCAAAAAUGCAGGUAUAAACAUCUUCAUCAAAAGUAUGAAGGAAGCUCUGAAACUCCGUGGGGAGUCCGAGGCAGGGGAUAAGACUGAGACCUAUGUUCGAAGUGAGGAAAUAGGAUCUGUUUCUAUCACUUUUGAGAAUGACAUUAAGGAGCUACAGGCCCAGGGAGGGAAUGAAAAUCAAUUGAUGCAAUCUAUUUCUUCAGACUUAUUUGAGCAGGACAUUGCCUUGGCGUUGAGGGAAGUCAAAAUCACAGAAGAUGUUUCUUAUACUGUACCAGAAGAAGAAAUGAUGAUACAAAGGCUAUUUAAAGCAGCCUUUGAUGCAUAUUUUGAUACCGUCUUCUCAGCUGUAGUGUGCCAAAUCAAAGAGGCAUUAGCUAAGAAAGUGGUGUUGGAAAAACUCAAAACAGGUCUAGUUCACAACAUGUCGGGGAAGACAAUAAGAGCAACUCGAGAAACAGUAAAAGGCGUGGAGAAGGUGCGGAUGGCCCAAAUUGAAGGAUCUAAAUACCCAAUUUUCAUUUCAUUUUGCAGAGCUGAUGAACAGCUGGUUUCCGAGUUCCUCUCAGGAGAUGAGGGUGAAGAUUCUCCGAUUAGUUCUGUUUAAAUCGGCUCAUAAUAUGAGUUGCUGGGCUUAACUUCUGUUUUAGUUCUUUUAUGACUUAUGCUUUUUGGAUUGCACUGAUAAUAAUCUUAGGUGUGGUUUGUUUCUUGGUGCUUUGGUUUUUUGGUCUUCUCUAGAAUCAACAGUUUUGCUGCCUUACUUUUGGGGUUCUCCUAUAAAAACUUCGGAUUUGCUCAGAGGCACUCUAAAUCUUUAUUUGAUGGGUUGGUUGGGUUGGGAGUAAUUGCAAUUGGGUGUGGCUCUUAGUGAGGUCCUCUCAACCAGCUGGAAGGCUAGGCACACAGUACUGGGAAUAAAAGGGGGGCUGAAUGAUUUGGAGUUGAACUGCUCGUCCUUCUCAGGACCUCCUGGUUUCGCAAUUGGCAUGUGGAAGUAACAGUGGUAGGACAGUUUAUAUGCAUCAAGUUGGGAUUA